AUGCCCCCCGCCGUCGACCUCGUCGUCGUCUUCCGCGCCUCCUCCAAACACACCCUCUCCAGACAACACGCCCUCGACGACGCCCGCCUCGCAGAGCAGCAGUACUCCCGCCUCCUCGACGUCCUCCACGCAGGCGGGCUCCAGGCCGUCGGCCGCCGCGGCGAGCACCAGGGCCAGCUGAUCGUCCUCCUCUCCUGCACCGCGCCCCAGCUCACCCGCCUCGUCCGCCGCGAGCGACACUCCGACUUUCUCCACGGCCUCCCCGCCGCCGCCGACCCCGCCCUCGACCCCGCCGCGCUCACCCCCGCAGAGCGCCUCCGCCUCGUGCACGAGUACCUCACCUCCCCACCCGCAGACGGCGGGCUCGGCGUCGCCCCGGCCGCCCCCGACGCCUGGGACCGCGUCGAGUCCGUCAUGGCCCUCCACGACCCCGACUUCAACGACGCCUGGAUACGCGCCCUCACCCGCCACGCCGUCGGCCCCGACCGCCUCGACGCCAUCCGCAACCAGUUCGGCGACCCCGUCGCCUUCUACUUCGCCUUCCUCGUCUCCUACACCCGCGCCCUCGCCCUCGCCGCAACCGCCGGGCUCGCCACCUACCUCCUCGCCCGCCCCUACUCCGCGGCCUACUCCUCCGCCCUCCUCCUCUGGGCCGUCGCCUUCGUCGAGUCCUGGCGCGUCCGCGAGCGCGUCCUCGCCACGCGCUGGGGCACCCGCGGCGCCUUCCGCGUCGAGCGCCGCACCCGCGCCGCGGGCGCGCCCAUCCCCUGGUGGACGCGCGAGCUGCGCAUCCUCGCGAGCGUCCCCGUCGUCCUCCUCUUCGCGGGCGCCCUCGCCGCCCUCCUCACCGCCAUCUUCGUCCUCGAGGCCUUUGUCGCCGCGCUCUACACCGGCCCGGGCCACCCCUACGUCUCCCUCGUCCCGACCCUCCUCUUCGUCGCCCUCGUCCCGCGCUUCCUCGCGCUCUACCACGCCCGCGCCCGCGCGCUCACCGACUGGGAGCACCACGCGCACGCCUCGACGCACGCCGCCUCGCUCACGCUCAAGACCUUCGCCCUCUCCGCCGUCGUCGCCUACCUCGGCCUCGCCCUCUCCGCCUUCGUCUACGUCCCCUUCGGCGCGCCCCUCAUGGACGCCCCGCCGCCCGAAAAGCCCCCCGCGCCCCUCUUCGACCCCCGCCCCGCCGCGGGGCGCGCCAAGCUCAACGCCGCGCGCCUCCAGAACCAGAUGUUCGCCUUCACGGUCACGAACCAGGCGCUCAACGCCUUCACCGAGCUCGCCCUCCCCUUCCUCUCGCGCUUCCUCGCGCGCUUCCUCGCGCGGCGCCGCCGUGGCAUCGGCGGCGCGGGGGGCUCGCCGGCGAAGAAGAAGCGCGUGGGGUUCGAGGACGCGGCGAUGGGCCGGGCAAAGGCGGAGCGCGCGUUCCUGGAGCGCGUGCGUCGCGAGGUCGCGUUGCCUGAGUACGGGCUGUUCGAGGACUACGGGGAGAUGGUGACGCAGUUCGGGUACGUCGCGCUGUGGUCGACGAUCUGGCCGCUCGCGCCGGUCACCGCGUACCUGAACAACACGCUCGAGCUCCGCGCGGACGCGUUCAAGAUCGUCACGCACCACCGCCGCCCGCUCCCCGCCCGCGCCGACACCAUCGGGCCCUGGCUCGCCUGCCUCUCCUUCCUCACCUGGCUCGCCGCCCUCACCAACGCCGCCCUCGUCUACCUCUUCCGUCCCGCCGCCGCCGCCGCCGCCGCCCUCUCCUCCGCCUCCUCCACCCCCGCCCUCACCACCUCCUUGCACGUCCCCGACGCAGGCGCAAGCAUCCCCGCGCCCGCGCCGACCGACGCCGCGCGCGCCGUGCUCGCCAAGGCGCUCCUCGUCGCGCUCGCCGCGAGCCACGCGCACCUCGCGCUGCGCGCGGCCGUGCGGCACGUCGUCGAGCGCGCCGUGUGGAAGGGCAGCGCGGAGGAGGCGCGCGCGACGCGCGACGCGCAGGAGGCCAAGGCGCGCUACCUGCGGAGCGUCGAGGGCGCGCCUGCGGGCGAGGGCGCGGCGCAGGCACAGGGAGAGCGGGAGGGAGAGCGGGAGGGAGAGCGGGAGGGAGAGGGAGGGGGAGAGGCCGACGGCGCGUUUUGGGCGUAUGACGAGGGCUUGGAGGAGAUCCGGCGGGGGUUGAAGGAGGCGUGAGGCGGGGCGAGGCGAGGCGAGGCGUGGGGCGAGGCGAGGCGCGCCUUUUUGGGCUGCUGGCGGACAUGCGCGGGGAAAAAGCGACGCGGGGGCGAUAGCCGUGGAUAUUUAUUUACAUAGCGUCCAUAAAGGCAUUGCUCGCGACUGGGUGUUUCUUUCCCCGAUCUUAUUUAUGUUUCUUUUUCGCCGCGU